AUGGCAGGCUUGUCAACUACUGCGAAAAUCAUGAAGUUCGUCAUUGUCGCUUGCAAUACCCUCUCCUUUUUCUCUGGUCUGGCAAUCGUCAUCUUGGGAAUCCUUGACUUUGUUCAUUUUGAAACCAUGUUUGUUUCCGAGACUCUCAAUCUUCCGAAGAAUAUCGCUAUUGGAGCCAUUGUGCAUGGCCUCGUCAUAAUUGUGGCUGCGUUUUUAGGCGUAUUUGGAGCACUUCGGGCGAAUUCAAAUGUACUCAAUGCGUAUGCGGUUUUUGUCCUGCUAAUCGGUUGCUCCACACUUUGCUUUUUGAUAUAUGGCUUUGUCCAACGUAAUUCGCACUGCGAAACUGCUAUCGUGUAUGCGAUUGAGGCCGAAUUGGGCACAAUUGGAGGAUGUCUAAUAGGCAUCACACUACUCAGCUUCUUUGCCUCCGGUAUGGGCUUUUUGCUUGCGCGCAACAUUAAAGCCUACGAAAAAGUGUAA